CCUGCGAGCCACUUGGCCACAACGAGGGCAGAGGAAGAGGACGAUGGGCUGCCUGGGGAUCAUGCUGCUGCUUGGCCUCACCUUCCUCCUUCAGGAGGGUCCGUCUGCUCAGGGGGAGGUGCUGCUCUUCCAAGGAUCUGGGCCUGGCCUGAGGCGGCAGAAGAGAGACUGGGUCAUCCCUCCGAUUCUUUGCUCUGAGAAUGAGAGGGGCCCUUUCCCCAAGAACCUGGGGCAGAUCAAGUCCAGCAAAGACAAAGAAAGCACCGUCUACUACAGCAUCACUGGGCAGGGGGCCGACAUCCCUCCGGUCGGCACCUUCAUCAUCGAGAGAGAAACCGGCAUGCUGAAGGUGACCCGCCCACUGGACAGGGAGAGGAUUCCCCGCUACGUGAUGUUUUGCCACGCGGUGUUAGCCAAUGGCCAGACAGCAGAGGACCCCAUGGAGAUCAUCAUCAAUGUUGGCGACCAGAAUGACAACCGUCCAGUGUUCACCCAGAGCGUCUUCGAAGGGUCCGUGGAAGAGGGAGCUAAACCAGGAACGUCGGUGAUGACAGUGACGGCCACGGAUGCAGACAACGCCAUAGACUCCUAUAAUGGCGUCAUCACUUACUCCAUCCUCAGCCAGGAACCGGAGCCGGAAAAACAGAUGUUCACCAUCAGUAACGAAACAGGCCUGAUCAGCGUGGUUGUGUCCGGUCUGGACCGAGAGAGGAUCCCCCAGUACACGCUAGUUCUGCAAGCGACUGACCUGCUGGGAGAAGGCUUGAGCACCACCGCGAAGGCUGUGAUCACCAUCACCGACGCAAAUGACAACCCGCCAAUCUUCGAUCCUUUAAUGUACAAUGCGGUUGUGCCAGAGAAUGAGGUGGGGGCCCUGGUGGCCACCCUGAAGGUCAGUGAUAAAGAUGAGGAGAAUAGCUUAGCUUGGAAAGCCAAGUACAGCAUCGUGAAAGGGGACGAGGAGGCGAACUUUGCGAUCACUACAGACCCGGACACCAACAAUGGUCUUUUGACCACGGCCAAGGAACUGGAUUAUGAGACCCAAAGGCAGUAUAUUCUCCAAGUGACCGUAGUAAAUGAGGUUGACUUCUCGGUCAUUCUCUCGACGUCCACGGCCACCGUCACCGUCAAUGUUGCCAACUCCGGCGAGGGCCAUCACACUUCCCUGAGCGUCCAUGCGCUGAAUGUGCUCACUGGCCUCCCUGCCACUGGCCUGGCCGUGCACCUCUCUCAGCUCCGAGACUCCAAUCAGGCCUGGAUGGAGCUCAUGACAAGCGCGACCAGCACGGAUGGGCGCAUGGACAAGAGCCCGCUGGCCUCCGUGCAGCUGGAGAGUGGCACCUACAAGCUGCGCUUUGCCACGGGGGAGUACUGGCAGCAGCAGGGCCUCAGCAGCUUCUACCCUUACGUGGAGGUUGUCUUCACCAUCACAAAGGCCGAACGGAAGGUGCACGUCCCGCUGCUGCUCAGCCCCUACUCCUACGUAACCUACCGGGGGAGCUAGUGCCAGAGCUGCGGCUUCCCUCAGGGCGGGGCUGCUGUGGGAUCCUGGGCCGUCCAGACGGGGCUGCCCCCGAGGCCAGCUGUGACGCUACUCAGGGCGUGCCUAAUAAAAGAUCUACCUUGAA